UUGGCAGUUGCAUGAAAGGGCUCUUCCAGGAAGAUGAGCCCCAACACAAGAGAUGAAGGAGGAAUGUGGGAGUUUCAUGGCGGCCCUGUCUGUGAACGUGGUGACAGUCAACAUGUUACUGAGUGUCUUCUUUCUUUCAGGUGUUUUUGCUGGUUGUGAUAGGAACCCACAUCUCUUCAUCACUGCACCAAAGGAGAUGGAAGCACUGAGUGGAUCUUGUUUGCAAAUCCCAUGUAGCUUUAGUGUUAAAACAGGAAACAAACUUGACAACUCAGGAAGUAUCUAUGGUGUGUGGAUGAAAACUGGUGUGAAUUUUCCUCGAACUCCAAGCAUUGUUAUUUUCAACAGCAGCAAGUCAGAAAACGUCUAUCCAGUGGAAAUUAUUGGAAACCUGCAUCAGAAAAACUGCACCACUUUGUUCUCUAGUUUAACCACAAGUCAUACAGACAGAUACUUCUUCAGGAUUGAGAACAAACUGUUCAAGGCAACAGCUGAAUGUGAUCCUGUUAAUAUAACAGUUAAAGAUUCUCCUCAGAGACCCAGAAUAGAAAUCUCAGGUGAUGUGAAGGACCUGAAGGAGAAGGAGUCUGUCCCUAUAACCUGCUCAGCUUUCACUCCCUGUCCACACUCCCCUCCUGAACUCACCUGGAAUCUCCAACAAGACUCUCACAGACAAACAGAGGAAAACACAGAUGGAACCUUUACAACUAAAAUCCAGCAGAACAUCACUCUGUCACACACACAUGAUGGAUACACCAUCACAUGUUCUGCCAGAUAUCCUGUGGAUGGAGGACAACGUGUAAAGACAUCAGAGACAGAAGAGACUCUCAGUGUUUCAUAUGCUCCUAAGGACACCUCAGCAUCCAUCAGUCCAUCAGGUUUGGUGUCAGCAGGUAGCUGGGUGAAGCUGAGCUGCUCCAGCAGAGCCAAGCCUCCCGUCAGCAGCUUCACCUGGUUCAAGAUCAGCACAGAGGGACCCGUUAAUGUGUCUGAGGGACCGGUUCACAGCUUCAAUGCAGCGGAUGGAGGAAUUUAUUACUGUGUGGCUGCAAAUAAACUGGGAAACCAGAAGUCCCAAGAAAUCCAUCUUAAUAUUAAAGACCCAUCAAACAGCUCAGCGUUCAUUACAUUUGGAGGAAUUGCUGUCAUCAUCAUACCCAUCUGCCUGCUUGUCUGGUUUUGGAGGUUUAAGAAACGUCCAACUCAACAAGAGAAUCAGGUGGGUGAACAUUAACUUAAGGAGAGUUUUUAAUAGUAUUUGGUCUAAACAAUGAGGUGACAGAGUUACUUCGACUUCGGUCUCCAGAGUAUGAA